AUGUCUGUCAAAGAUGGAGCACAUUUCGACUUCAUUGUUGUUGGAGGGGGCACGGCAGGCAGUAUGGUUGCCUGUCGUCUGGCGGAGAACCCCCGUGUCAAAGUUUUAAUCGUCGAGGCUGGGGUCGGCAACGCAAUCAAUAUCCCAGAGAUAAGAACUCCAUCCGGAGCAAUGGAGUUGAGAAACAGCCAGUACGACUGGGCUUACAAAACGACCCUCAUUAAACGCGAUGAUUAUGAGCGGGUCGAGAAACCUAACACCCGUGGAAAAAUCAUCGGUGGAAGCUCCUCGAUCAACUAUUUCACUUGGGCCCCUGGGAGCCGAGGCACUUUCGACAUGUGGGAAGAAUACGGUGGUAAAGAAUGGAUGUGGGAUAGUCUUCUUCCUUACCUCCGCAAAAGUGCUACUUACCACGAUGACAGUGGUAUGCAUCCGCCUGAGCUCAAGAACAUCGGCAGUGGGGGUCCAAUCAAGAUUUCCCACUCCGAGUUGAUUCCCGAAAUGUCACCCUUUCGCGAUCUUCUGACGAGAGGCUGGAAGUCUACGGGGAAACCCGUGACUGAAAAUAUUUUUGACGGUGAAAUGCUGGGUCUGACACACAGUGUGAACACGAUCUAUAAGGGCCAGCGAUCGGGAAGUUUCCUAGGCCUUGAAAACAAACCAAAUAUCACUAUAUCGGCUUUAAGUCACUCCAGGUGCCUUAUCAUUGACAAAGCCGACCACUCCUGCAAAGGGGUCAUUGUCAGUACUUCUUCUGGUGAAGAGCGCAGCUUCUAUGCCACCCGAGAGGUUAUCGUAUCCGAGGGGGUCUUUGAGAGCCCCAAGCUGCUAAUGUUAAGCGGGAUUGGUCCCAAGCAUGAGUUGGAGCGCCAUGGUAUUGAAUUGAUCGUCGACUCUCCUCAUGUAGGCCAACACCUGCUCGACCACCCCGGCGUACCGUUUGUUCUCCAAGUCAAAGACGGAUAUGGCAUGGAUGAACACAUUUUGCGCCCAGGAACCAAGCGCAACGAUGCCAUCAUCACAUACCAGGAAAGCCUCGGUGGACCGAUGGCGUCAGGUUUCUUGGAGAUGGUUGGAUUUCCUCGCAUCGACGAGUAUCUCGAGAAAGACGCGCAGUACAGAAAGGCAAAAGCCGAGAAUGGCGGAAUUGAUCCGUUCUGUCCGUACAACCAGCCUCAUUUCGAACUGGACUUCGUCUGUAUGUUCGGCAGUGCUUUCCAGUGGCAUUACCCGACUCCAAAGAGGGGCAACUAUAUCACUGUCAUGGUUGACCUUGUUCGUCCUUUGUCCAAGGGUGGUGAAGUGACGCUUAACAGCGCCGAUCCCCUCCAACAAGCUCAUAUCAACCUCGAUUAUUUCAACAAUGAGCUCGACAUCAUUGCGAUCCGGGAAGGCAUCAGGUUCAGCUAUGACGUCUUGAAGAAUGGCGAAGGGUUCAAGGACAUCAUUGUUGAUGAAUAUCCAUGGGAGAUGCCUUUAGAUGAUGAUGAUUUGAUGAGGCGAACUGUAUUGGAACGCUCUCAGACUUCCUUUCACCCCUGCGGUACCACCCGUUUGUCGAAAAAUAUCGGUCAAGGUGUACUCGACCCUUCCCUGAAAGUCCACGGGAUCAAAAAUCUGCGGGUAAUUGAUGCUUCGGUGAUGCCUGUUAUUCCAGACUGUCGGAUCCAAAACUCGGUGUACAUGGUGGCAGAGAAAGGGGCGGAUCUCAUCAAGGGAGAUCACACCGAUUUGUUUGUCCACUGA